CGCAGCCCCCUGAGACCUCCUUGGCCACGGGCUGCCGUCCUGGGGACGCAGGUGCUGCGAGCAGGACCCCGGCACCACGGCCCUGCAAAGGCAUCGAGCCGGGCCCUCGCCCUCCUCUUCCUCUUCCUCCUCCUCCUCUUUGCGUGCGAAGGCCCUCUCCCAGCGUUGGGGUACCUCCAGGUUCCCUCUCAGGGCACCGUGACCUGCCCCCCCACCCCCCGCGCGGGCCAUGCCCACACCGUGCCUGCGGUGGGUGAGCUGGCAGCCCUGGCACCAGGUUUGCCGUCACUUCUGCUUUCGGGGCGGCGCAAGCCCCGGCAGCGCAGCUCAGCGCAGCGGCCGGUGGGGCUGAGCAGGCUGGGGAGGGGGGGGAGCUCCCACAGGGCACCGAGCACCCCAGGGAAGGGCGGGUGACCCCUUUUUUUGGGAUGCACCCCGCAUCCCGCCCGCCCUUGCCGGAGGGGUACACGCAGCCCCCGGCCCUCGGCAGCCCCGCUCCUGGUGUGACGUCGAUGCACCACCGGGCUCUCCAAAACCACAGCCGCUCUUCCUCGCCCGCCUUCCCUUCCCCGCCCGGGCCGGAGGCGCAGGCGGAGGGUGGCACGCGACGCCCCUCGGCUCUUGGCAUUCGCCGGGCUCCGGGGCCGCCUUCGCGCCCCCGCGCCGGUGCAGCUGGGCCCUCGCUGGUGAUGCCCGCCGGCGCUGCAGCUCGGGGUCCCGCGGCGUCCCCCGGCAGAGGUCCCAUGGCGCCGGGCCGGGCCGUGCUGGUGAUGCUGGUGAUACUGGUGCUGGCGCUGAGCACCCUGCGGGUGUGCGGGGCCGUGCCGCUGCUGGAGCCGGGACAGCACCGCGGCAUGCAGUGGGUCUGGGGGGUGGCGGGGCAGGUGCAGGAUGAGGCCCUGCCGCUCUCCCGCAGGAAGAGGGCUGACGGUGAGCAGCAGCCCAGCGCCACCGCUGCCACGCCGGGGCACGGCCUCGCUGCCACCGCGAUGGCCGGCAGCAAUGACACCGAUUUCACUGAGCCUGACCCGCUGCUGGGCUCCGCGCCACCACCAGCGCCCAGCACCAACGCCAGCCUGCACCGGGCACUCGCGGUGCCGACCACGGCCGAGCCCCUGGACGAGACCGAGUCCCCUGACCCUGACCUGCUGCUGAGCUCCGCACCACCAGCAGCACCCAGCACCAACGCCAGCCUGCACUGGGCGCUUGCCGUGCCGACCACAGCCGAGCCCCUGGACGAGACCGACCCCCCUGACCCCGACCUGCUGCUGAGCUCCGCACCACCAGCAGCACCCAGCACCAACGCCAGCCUGCACCGGGCACUCGCGGUGCCGACCACGGCCGAGCCCCUGGACGAGACCGAGUCCCCUGACCCCGACCUGCUGCUGAGCUCCGCACCACCAGCAGCACCCAGCACCAACGCCAGCCUGCACUGGGCACUCGCGGCACCGACCACAGCCGAGCCCUUGGAUGAGACCGAGUCCCCUGAUCCCGACCUGCUGUGGGCGCAGCACAGCACGCAGGCAGCACCCCAGACCAGCACCACCACCCCCCCCAGCCGGCUCAUGUCACCCGGCGAGGAGGGGACAGUGGCUGACGGCACGGACAGCAACUCCUCCGCGGAGCUGCGCUCGGCGGCCCCCCCAGCCCUCGGCCCCACCGCCACGGGUUACAAGAAAGUCAAGAAAGCCGGAGCCACCCCCACGCCGACCCCUUGGGACACGAAGCCCGGGGGAACCACGGUGCCGGUGGGCACCCUCAGCAGGGUGAUGGGCAAGUGCCUGCUGGCCAUCCUGCUGCUGGCGCUGGUGGCCGCCACCUUCAUGGUGUGCACGGGGGUGCUGGGCGCCCUGCUCUGGCGACGCACGCGGACGGCACACCGCCGGCUCAGCCACACUGAGAUGGUCUGCAUCUCCUCCCUGCUGCCCGACGGCGAGGUGGUCGCCAACGGCCCCAAGCCCGGCCCGGCCCGGCGGCAGAAGCUGCUGCAUGAAGGCGGCACCGAGGCGGAUGGCGACAACCUGACUCUCAGCAGCUUCCUGCCGGAGCACUCCUGAGCCGCGGGGAUGGGGUCCUGCACACCAGAGCGUCGGGGGGGCCAGCGGCCACCCUGUGGGCACGGUGCCCGGUCCCCGGUGCUGCUGCGGGCAGGGGACCCCCAUCCCCCUGGGUUUGUGUUCUAACUCGGACCGGCGUGAUGGGGAACUGUUUUACCCCAGGUCGAGCUCACCCGUCGAGGUUGACCCCAUUAAAGUGUUA